AUGGACGCCGAAUCGUUUUUGGAGUUUGCCAGCCAAGUGACCAAAUGGAAGAUGUACCCAUACUUCGAUGUUGCGCAUAGUGUGCUCUGUGCGCUCCACGUCCGUGAUGACCUCGGUCCAGGUGCACUGGCGUUUUCACGCAAGCACCCCAUUUCCUGUUGGCUGUCCACGAUGCUGGUCGUCUUUGCUGGAGGCAUGCUGAGUGCAGCUCUUCUUGGCGAACCCCCUUUAGCACCGCUCAAAAACACUCAACAACUUUUGAUAGCUACAGCUGUAUGGUAUCUAGUUUUUUACACACCGUUUGAUAUUGGAUACAGUAUAGCAAAGUUUCUUCCUGUGAAAUUAGUGUUUUCUGUUAUGAAAGAAAUAUAUCGUUGCAAAAAAGUCCAUGAUGGUGUAUUGCAUGCGGCUAAACUUUAUCCCAACGCCUACAUCAUAAUGGUUUUAAUCGGGACCCUUAAAGGAAAUGGUGCUUCAUUUACAAAAAUUAUUGAAAGACUUUUAAGAGGAGUAUGGACACCCACAUCUAUUGAGACAUUACAACCCAGUUUUACUACUAAAGCAUGCAUUAUAGCAUCUGUGGUGUUUGUACUCGAUAUUAAAAGUGAUUUAAUAUCAGCUCCACAUGCUUUUGUUUAUGUUUUUGUCAUCGGUUUCUUCAUAUACUUCAAGGUAUUCUCUUCAAUGAUUUUGGGAAUACAUGAGCCAAUGUUACCAUUUGAAAACUUGAUAUGCGCAAUAUUCUUAGGAGGUAUAUUUGAUUAUACUACUAAAGCAUUCAAAAAUACGAAAGACGAUAAAGUAGAUACAAAAAAGAAAGAUUAA